CGCACCAUGAGCUGGCGAUGCGCCGCGCGCCGCGCCGGGAGGACCGGCCCCGCCGCCCGCUCUCCUCCGCCGUCGCCGCCGCUGCUGCUGCUGCUGCUGUGGACCUCGGCCCUGGCGCCGGGGGCGGCCGCCGGCGACGAGGCGGCUCCCGCGGGGGCCUCGGUGUGCUACGCGUCCCCGCCCAGCGUGGGCUCGGUGCAGGAGCUGGUUCAGCGCGCCGCGGUGGUGAUCGAGGGAAAGCUGCACCCGCCGCGGCGGCGGCAGCAGGGGGCACUCGACAGGGAGGCGGCGGCGGCCGCGGGCGAGGCAGGGGCGUGGGGAGGCGAGCGCCCGCCGCCGGCCAACGGGACCGUGCCCGCCUGGCCCACCGCCCCCGCUCCCAGCGCCGCCGAGCCCGGAGCCGAGGCGCCCUAUCUGGUGAAGGUGCACCAGGUGUGGGCGGCGAAAGCCGGGGGCUUGAAGAAGGACUCGCUGCUCACCGUGCGCCUGGGCGCCUGGGGCCACCCCGCCUUCCCCUCCUGCGGGCGCCUCAAGGAGGACAGCAGGUACAUCUUCUUCAUGGAGCCCGAGGCCAACAGCAGCGGCCGCGCGCCCGCCGCCUUCCGAGCCUCCUUCCCCCCUCUCGAGACGGGCCGGAACCUCAAGAAGGAGGUCAGCCGGGUGCUGUGCAAGCGGUGCGAUUCUCAGUGGUAGAGCAUCUGCCUGCAGUGUGGGAGACACAAGAGGCCUGGGUGCAAUCUCUGAGUCAAGAGGAUCCCCUGGAGAAGGAAAUGGCAACCCACUCCUGUGUUCUUGCCUGGAGAA